UCCUGACUGUAACACCUUAACAAGAGCUCAGAGUUAAACAAAGUCUUGUCCUGUUCACAGCUGUUGUCUGUGAAUUACAGACAACAGCUAAUAGAUGACAGAUAUUAUGCAGGAACUAAAAUGAUGGAAACUAGUGGCCCAGAACUCAGGAAGAUGCAAAAUAAUGACAAUUAUGGCAUCAGUAGUUGUUGUGAAUGAAUGUGAUCGUGGCAAUCCACAGGUGAGCCUGAGCUCCCAGCAGUGGAGGAACCCGCUACCUGACGACCCCCGCAGGUUCAACUCCUGCGUCGCCGUGCUGGGAAAACAAAGCUUCACAUCUGGGAAACGUUACUGGGUGGUUCAGGUUGGAGAAAAAAGAGACUGGGAUCUUGGGGUGGCCCGGGAGUCCAUCAACAGGAAGGGCGCCAUCACAUGUCGCCCUGAUAACGGUUACUGGGCGAUAUGCUGACGUAGCGGUGGUAGCCUGUGCGCCUGCGCUGGGCCCGCCGUCACUCUUCACCUUAAAGAAAUUCCUCAGAAAGUCGGUAUAUUCCUGGACUAUGACGAAGGCUCGGUGUCCUUCUACAACACAGAGGCAAAGACUCACAUUUAUACUUACAGCGGGCUCACUUUCACUGAGCCGCUGUAUCCGUACUUUAACCCCUGCAUACAUGACACCGGGAAGAACACGGCCCAGCUGGUUAUCUGCCCGAUCGAGGCUGGGAUCACUGUAGACACUUCGGCACGUUGAGCGAGAGACUUGGAGGAUCCUUGUUAAAACCUCGAGAGCAUCCACAUUCAUUGUUUGGAUAAGUUGUAAUCUGUAAAUGCAAACAAAAGGCACUGGGAGCAGAAUGAAAGACCAAGAACAGAAGAAAAUAUUCUUCUCCCAAGUGUAAAGCGAACACCCUGAAUAUUGUCCUGGUACAGACUGCAAGCCCAAGCUUAGCUCCUGCAAGGUGUUUGGAUAUAUUUAUUUAUUUAUUCCAGUCAAAAGCUAUAAGUUAACCACAAGGUUUGCUAUUGUCUCUUAAUCUUCCUGAUAAUAUUUAUAAAGAGGUUUUUAAAAAGAGCUAAAGACCCAAGCAAGGGUUCAUCUGAACCAUCCACUUAUGUCUACUAAGGUAGGACAAAUGUAUGUAAAUGGGGAUAAAACUUCCACUGAUAAGUCCACAGUUAUCUGACAAUGACACAUUAGUUAUGGUUUAGGAACUAUAAGAUGCACCUAUACACGAUCACUGCGGUGGAUAGCACUGCAUGAAUCCUGCCUACAUUUUUACACUACUCAUUCUUUGGUAAUUUAUUAAUAUGGUAUAACUUAUAUUAUAGCUCAAGACCUGAUUUAAAAGAACUUUAUGAAUCCAACUUUGUUUGGAUCUUUGGUUUAAGAUCAGGGACACGUCACAUAGUUGCAUGGUCUUAUGAGUUCAGAGGUGCAUGUCUGUUUUUAGUUGGUAGCACAUAGAUCAUAGUACCACAAUAGUAUAUUAACAUCAGUAUAUGUUGUGCAUGUAAGACGUUGAGUAUAUAUAAUUUCUUGCCAUUAUUGUAAAAAUUUGGAUUAUUGUGAUGUAUUUAAGCUGAAAUAAAUGUGAACCGAAUCCCU